AUGUGGUGUUGCCCCUCUUCCCCACCUGCAACCCAGGCUAAAGUCAGGAAGCGGCUGGCCCAGCUCGCCCCUCUGCUGAACCUCCCAUCCGCCGUGACCAUCACCGCCGAGGGACUGGCGGCGCGUGCUGCCAAGCUCCACAUCCGCGGUCUGACCUCGGGCGCCGGGCUGGCAGCCCUGGUGUACGCUGCCUGCCGCCUGGAGGCUCAGCCGGUCUCCAUCGCCACCGUCGCCGGCGCAGCCGGCUCCGACUCCACCCGGGUGGGCCACUCGUUCUUGGCGCUCUCCAGGGCCCUGGAGCUGCAGCCCCCGCCCAUCAGCCCCACGAGUCUGACCCUCACAGCUCUGGACCGGCUGGCUGCGGCACGCAGGGGGGACGCUGGGCGCCCGCUGCCCGCCGACACGCUGGGCACGCUGCGCAGGGACGUCACCCGCCUCCUGCCCUGGCUGGACGCGCAGGUGCCGACCGGCUGCCGCCCCGGCCUGGAGGCCGGCGUGGCCCUGUUCCUGGCGGCCUCCAUGGCCCAGCUGGAUGUGCGCGUGGAUGAGGUGGCCAGCGCGGCCGGCGUGGGCGUAGGCCCCCUGCUGAAGCGGCUGGGCGUCGUGCAGGGCCACGUGCACCUGCUGGCGCAGCGCAUGCUGCCCUACGCCUCCAGCGUCGCGCCCGCCAGGGUCGCGUCGCACCUGCGCACCCUCAUGCGCCUCACCACCGCGAUGGAGAGCGCGGGGGGCGAGGGUCAGGCCGCCUGA